CAGAAUUUACCGAGGUUGUACUGCCGCGGUUGUUCAAGCACUGCAAGUUUGCUUCGUUUGUACGUCAGCUCAAUAUAUACGGCUUUCAGCGUGACACAGACGCUCGAAAAACCAAAGACACCAAAGACAAAGAGUCGUGCCGUUGGCAUCAUCAGUACUUUCGGCCAGGCCGGCGUGAUCUUUUCCAUCUGAUCCGACGCAAGGCCGCGCGCUAUCCAAGACGAAAACGAGUCAAAAUCGACGAAGAUCCAGCAACAAUCGUCAACGUAGGAUCUGGUGACGACGAUUCGGAUAUCGACAUGAAUAUUACCUGCGUGCUUGACGACCGUCGUCGAUCUUCGUCUGUUUCGUCGGUAUCCCAGCAACCACAAGAUAGCUAUAGCAACCAUCACCAUGACAACCACCAUUCUCAACAACCACAACAACAGCAGCAAGACAGUACAUCUUUUCAAAUGAUGUAUGAAGGGUUACCAGACCUCUCUGUCGGUACCACUGGUGUUGGUGCUGCUGCUGCUCCGCAAUCAAUUCCAGUACAGGAGCCAAAUCAGCAGCAACAUGCAGCAGCACCAGCAGUACCAGCACCAGCACCAGCACCAGCACCGCCACCACCACCGCCACAAAAAUACCAGCAGCAACAAACGCCAUCGCCUUGUAAUCCUCCUGGAGAGGUUGAAACGUCCGAGGUGUACAAUAUCACGCCUGUAACUGAGGCGCCGCAUCAACAUCGACAGCAGCAAGUGGACUGGGUCUCACAACAUCAACAACAUCAACAACAACAACAACAACAACAGCAGCAGCAGCAUAAGCAUCAUCAGCAUCAUCAGCAUCAACACCAACAGAAUAACGAACCGCUGGAUCACCGGUUAUUACAAGAGCAAGAUUUACGCGCCCAGGUAACACGGCUGAGCCAAUUAUGUCAGGGCAUGCGUCGGUCCUUUGACAUGCAAAUGAAGAAAGCCUACAAGCUUAUCGAGGACCAGGGACGGCGUAUUCAGAUGCUCGAAAGUGACUCGUUCAGGGGCUCAAAUCAAAACUCUUUACAGCAACAGCAACAGCAAUCACAACAUCAGCAACAGCAUCAACAGAGAUCAUCCGAUAUGGGUUAUAUGAUGAGCACGCCGUUUUCAAAUCAUAAUCAUCACCACCAUUCUCCGCACAAUGACGAUUUGUAUACCCAGUUUUUCCCAAGCAACACAAAUGUACGGAUAAAAACUGAAAUUGGCGCUGCAGCAGCUGCAGCCGUAGCCGCUACUGCUGCUGGUGGAUUCAAUAAUGGCGGAGGUACUGGUGACCGCACUGACUAUGAGAAUCUGUAUGGACUCAAACUGGAGGCGGCAACAACGGCAGCAACAGCAUCAACAGCACCAUCACCUCAUCAUCAUCAACAACAUCAGCAUCAUCAUCAUCCUCACUCUCAAAUACAGCAACAACAACAACAACAACAAGCAAGGCCAUCCAUGAUGAAACCAUCUGAUCCUAUAAAUCAGCAACAACAGCAACAACCAUCAUGGAUGCCCAUGUUUGCUGCUGUUGCUGCUAAUAGUAAUGCGUCUGCGACGGAUACGCCUAAUUCAAUACAUUUCCAUUCAAAUCCACCUGCUCGUUCUGGUGCGGCUGCAUCGAUUGCUGCAGCGGCUGCGGUGGCCGCAGCUGCUGUGGCAGGUGAACCUUCAAACAAUAAUAAUGCUCCUGGAGAUAUAGCAGCAACAGCGGCCGCCUAUGGUCAUCCUGGUCUGCCAAAAUACCAUCAUCACCCUAAUCGUGGAAUAUAAUAACAAAUCUUUUUUCUCUCUUUUUUAAUUUCCCCUCCAUUGAUUUUGUCAUUACAAGCAAAUUAACCCAUAUACACAUUACUAUUCUCCCACAAACAACGAAGCAAACAUACACACUACUACAACAAAUUCUUACCCCACCACACACACUCCACAUCACAUAACACUCUAACUCAAUCAACGCAAUCAAUCGCACAAAGGUAGAAUAAACAUGUACUUUAAGUAUAAACAGGUAGCAUUUUGCAU